CUGCUUCCUCACAGGCCACCUGAUCAUCAGUAGGUCUCUGCCUGAGGCAGCUGGCAGAGAGGCCAAACGGUUCUCCCGCCAACGGCACUGGACCACUGUCUCAACAGUCAGCCUCCUGGGGGACCAGACAUCCGGCUACACUGGUACUCAGGAAGCUGUCCUCAUCAGUGUCGACAUGUCGCGGCCCAGCAGCAGAGCCAUCUACUUGCACCGGAAGGAGUAUUCCCAGAGCAUGGCCUCAGAACCUACCCUCCUACAGCACAGGGUGGAGCAUCUGAUGACAUGUAAGCUGGGCACCCAGAGAGUCCGGGAACCGAAGGAUGCCCUGCAGAAGCUUCAGGAAAUGGAUGCGCAGGGGCGAGUGUGGAGCCAAGACCUGCUCCUGCAGGUCAGAGAUGGCUGGCUCCAGCUACUGGACAUUGAGACUAAGGAGAACCUGGAUUCUUACCGCCUGGACAGCAUCAAGGCCAUGGAUGUAGCACUCAACACCUGCUCCUACAACUCCAUCCUGUCAGUCACUGUGCAGGAGUCUGGCCUGCCAGGCACCAGCACUUUGCUCUUCCAGUGCCAGGAAGUAGGGGCAGAGCAACUGAGGACAAGCCUGCAGAAGGCCCUGGAGGAAGAACUAGAAGAAAGCAGACCUCGAUAUGGAGCCCUUCAUCCAGGUCAGGACAGAUGGAAGGGGUAUUCUCCAGAAAGGUCGUUCCCUAUACAACCGGCACCCCCUCUGGAGCAGAGGUACUCUCCAGAACGGAGGUCCCCUCCGGAGCAGAGGUACUCUCCAGAACGGAGGUCCCCUCCGGAGCAGAGGUUUCCUCCAGAGCAGAGGUUUUCUCCAGAGCAGAGGUUUCCUCCAGAGCAGAGGUUUUCUCCAGAGCAGAGGUUUCCUCCAGAGCAGCCACACCACAUGACCCCAGAACGAAGCAUCCCACCAUCCCCAAGGUCCCUGGCACACUACCCAAGUGCCCGAGAACCAAGUGACUUCACUCUGCCUCCUCCCCCAAGGCGUGCUCCAUCUCCUGAGGACCUGGAGAUCGAUGAGGAGGUGCUGAACCAUCUCCUGGUGGACAUUGAGCUGUUCGCCGGAAGGCUGAAGGAGGCCAAGGCAAAGGACAGCCGUAAGAAGAGAAAACUUGGAAGGAAAAAGAAGAAGGCUCAAAGCAAGAUAACACCAGCACAGUACAUUGACUGUUUCCAAAAGAUCAAGUUCAGCUUCAACCUCCUGGGGAAGCUGGCCUUAAGGCUGCAGGAAACAAGUGCCCCUGAGUUCGUGAACCUCCUCUUCGAAACCCUGAGAUUCAUUCUGGAACAGUGCCCUGAAGAUGACCUUGCAGCUAAAGUGAUCUCACCGCUCCUCACCCCCAAAGCCAUAAACCUGCUACAGUCCUGUCUAAGCCCACCCGAAAAUACUCUCUGGAAGUCGCUAGGCACAGCCUGGACCACCAGCCGGGCUGACUGGAUAGGCGAUGAACCAUCACCCUACCGACCCACAUUCUCCGAUGGCUGGCAGAUUCCAGAGCCCUACUUCAUGGAACUCCUAAGAAACCAGGAUUCUAUUUCCUUCCGAGGUUCUAGGAUGAGGAGCAGCCUGCACUUCCCUCCGGAUGAGCCAUACAACCAUAGCGAGGACUCAAACCUCCCAUCCUCCAGUCCCAUACCUGCCGACUCCACCCUGAAAAUGCAAGUCCUUUAUGAGUUUGAAGCCAGGAAUGCACGGGAGCUGACUGUGGCCGAGGGGGAGAUUCUGGAGGUCCUGGACCAGAGCAAGCGUUGGUGGCUGGUGAAGAAUGAAGCAGGACGGACCGGUUACAUUCCCAGCAACAUCCUGGAGCCCCUGCCUGCUGGAGGCCCUAGAAGCCACAGACAACCAUCCUUUAGGGCUCCAAUGCUUCGUCUUAGCUCAAAGCCCGAUGAAGUCACAGCUUGGCUACAAGCGGAGAACUUCUCUACCAUCACCGUAAGGACCCUGGGGUCCCUGAUGGGGAACCAGCUACUUCACAUGAGACCUGGGGAGCUGCAGAUGCUGUGCCCUCAAGAGGCCCCACGGAUCCAGGCCCGGCUGGAUGCUGUUAGAAGGAUGCUGGGGAUGAGUCAUUAGAUACCAGCUCAAAUACCUCCAAGACCAAAGACCUCUCAUAUCCAAGAUGGAGUGUUUGGUACCCAGUUAGAGCCCUCAGAAGUCCUCUUUCUGUUUGUGGCAAACUACAAUAUCCCAGAUCACACAGCAAAGAAGAUGAAUAGAUCCAGACUUUGAGGCAAAUGGUACCCUUGUUGGGUUGAAACUCCUCUCCGGUUACUAUUUAUUUUACCCCUAUCCUGACUUGGCAUACUUAUUCCUAAUCUCUUGUUCUGACUCCUUUCCAAUAAAAAGCAUCUUUAAGCCUGU